AUGGCGGAGCACAGUGAGGCGCACAAGACGACAGACAAACACGCGUUCUGGGCGGAGAAGCAGGGCAGAGCACAAGAAACGGCCCAUGUCGAACAAUUGGCGCCCGAGCCUCAGAGACAGCAGGGCAGCAGGGCAGCAAAGUGGUGGCCGCCACCGAGGAGGCCCGCGGUCCAACAGAUCGAUCCGCAGCUGCAAGUCCGGCGGCAACAGACGCAGCAGCCCCCCGGCUAG